CGAAACCAACCAUUAGUCUUUUCUAUUCGUCGUUUUCUGCUGACCAGAAGGGAAAGUAAGAAAAACUCAUACGCGCUUUCAUCUUAAGCACCUCCUUCAUCGUUUCGGCUAAUUCAAAUUUUCUUUUCUUGUCCUUCAAUUUUCUCGAGAAAACGUUAUUGCUUGUGGACUCAGAAAACAGAGUAAAAAAUGGACAAAAUCAAGAGCAUCUUAAAACCCAGAGCCAAUCCUCAACAGCAAUUGAGAGAUUGGCAGAGGCGUCUCCGCCAAGAAUGCCGCAACAUCGAACGCCAGAUUAGAGAUGUUCAGAGAGAGGAGAAGGGUGUGGAAAAAGCCAUUAAAGAGGCUGCGAAGAGAAAUGACAUGGGCUCCGCCAAGGCCCUUGCAAGGGAAAUUGUAAGUUCGAGGAAAACUGUUAAUCGACUUCACGAAAAUAAGGCCCAGUUAAAUUCAAUAUCAAUGCAUCUUGGAGAAAGUGUUGCUAUUGCCCGUACUGUUGGUCAUCUGUCCAAGAGCUCUGAAGUCAUGAAAAUUGUCAAUAACCUAAUGAAAGCUCCAGAGAUGGCUGUCACAAUGCAAGAGUUUAGCAAAGAAAUGACUAAGGCAGGGGUGAUUGAAGAAGUUGUAAACGAUGCUCUUGAUACAGCAUUAGAUUCAGAAGAUAUAGAAGAGGAAACUGAGGAAGAGGUCGAUAAGGUUUUGAACGAAUUAGCUGGGGAGAUGGCCGCACAGCUUCCAGAAGCUACCAGGAAAGAGAGGAUAAAGUUACCUGCUCAAACAGCUAGUGCAUCGAAACAAGAAGAAGCCAUUGCUGAAGGCGUAGACGAUGAAGAAGAAAUGGAAGAGUUAAGGGCAAGGCUUGCUAAAGUGAGAUCGUAAAUUAGGAACUUCGUCUACAUAAUCAUCACUUGUUCCUUCCUUGUGGAGGGAAGGAAGUAUGUGUAUAUCUAUGUUAUGAAGCUAGAGUAAUUUGAAGUUUUCAUAAAUCUAAACAAUCUGUCACUGAGUUAAUGUUUAUGUAACAUAAAAGUAGAGUUUCAACUAGCUAAAUGCCUACAUUUACAUAAUGUUUAUUAA